AUGGUCAACGGCGUUGGAACGGCCUCUCGUCAGGAGGGUGAUCACCACCAGCGGAUUGUAGGGGCAGCGAAGGCAACAACGGCAACAACGCCAGUGAUGAUGAUGCACAGACGGAAGGGUGGACAUCCACCGCCAUAUUUCCAGCCUUGUUUGCAACCAUUGAGAACGACGGAACGGCGUAGUGAGCUGCAGCGAUGCAGCGCGUCCCCUGCGUGGCGCAGAGAGAAGUCAUAUUCACCGACGGAGGAGAGUCUUACAAUGGAAAUACAGGAGUUUGUGUCGUAUGUUGCGCUCAACGCUGGGGAGAAACUUCGGCGAGAGGAGUUGAUUGCAACAGUACGCCGUGUUGUGACGGAGCUUUGGGGCUCUGUAGCGCAUGUCUUUGUUUAUGGCAGCUACGCCCUGGAUCUUUCUAUUCCAUCCUCAGAUGUUGAUCUCACCGUCCUCUUUGAUGAUGACGAUAAACCAGCUGCAUCAGUUGCCUAUAACGAUGAUGCAAUGGAGGUGCAGACGCAACACAUGCGUCUUCGACAUCAACUCGCCCAACGCCUCACAGCGAUGGGAUUUCGUGUAAAUGUAUACGAUUUCUGUCGCGUACCCGUUGUCCAUUUUGUUGACUCCUUUACUGGACUUUCAUGCGACAUCAACGUAUCUGAAAUUAAGGCUGUGCAGCAGGUGGUGUCGCGGCAGCGGGAGUGGUUGUCCAGCUGCGCAGAAGCGCGCGAACUCAUUCUCAUCACGAAGGCGGCUCUUAAGCAGUGGGGGUUAAAUUCAUUAUUUCACGGAGGGCUCUCCGCGACAGCUCUCUACAUGCUUGUACGUCGUUUUUUAGAGGAGGACGUAGGACAUGAGACAACAGCAUCGCCUGCAUGUCAUUUAACGGCACGAAGGCUGCUGAAUUUCUGGCGUUACGCCUCAUCAGAUGUGUUUUUGAAUGGAUACGGCGUGCAUGAUGCAUUUGCUGCAGACACGGACGCUCCGUCCGGUGAGGCACCGCCCGCAGCUCACAGUGGGACCGCGCUGGUUCGAGGAAAAGCGGACCUCAGCUCUGGUUCAUUCCGACUGCCGGAUUUGUUGGCACUCUUUCGCCACUCUGCCUUGCUUCUCGACGCCAUGACACGAGACUCACUUGUGAAGUUUGGCAGCGGCGGUCUCGGUGCCAUCUUUACCGACCCCCGCAGGGACGCCUCUGUCUCUGCUUCCAUGACUGCAGCCCCUGCGUGGGUGGGGGUUGAUAACUCUUUUCCAAGUACGCAUCCGAGUCUGCGGUGA